AUGGAAGUUAUGGGGGUGUUGCUGUAUGGCCCGCCAGGAUGUGCCAAAACCAGUUUAGUGCGAGCUGUUGCUUCCGCUACCAACACAACCUUCCUUGCAGUGUCGGCUGCUGAAAUUUACUCACCCUAUGUUGGCGAUGCUGAGAGAACUGUCUCAGAGUUGUUCCAUAGAGCUCGUAUUGGCGCACCUGCUAUACUGUUCAUCGACGAAAUCGAUGCCUUGGUUGGUUGCCGCGGGAAUCGAGAAAGAGGCUCACAAGAAAGGAUACUUACCGCUUUUCUGACAGAAAUGGAUGGGAUCGGUGUUAGAUUGGACAGUGGGACAACUCAAGCUGGAGUGAUUGUAGUGGCAGCAACAAACAGGCCCGACGUGUUGGAUCCAGCACUAACUCGACCUGGGCGAUUUGAUAGAAUCGUCUACGUUGGCCCCCCUGAUGUCAACCAGCGGUUGGAAAUCUUACAAAUACUCACAAAAAGAACGCCCCUUGCAAAUGAUGUUGAUUUGUCGGUUAUGGCUGAAAAAACAGACUUAUUCUCUGGAGCAGAUCUUGCUCAGUUAUGUAAGGAGGCAGGGCUGGAGGCUUUAACAAUUGACGGGAUGUCAGUGACAGAAGUCAAGCAGAAACAUUGGAUGUCAGCUCUUGAGAGUAUGAGUCCGUCACUAUCAAGGGAUCAGGUAGAUCAAUACAGAUGUGUGAUGGCAGGUGGCAACUGAUCAGUUGGGCACAGUUUCUGCCAACUUGUCUCCCCAGUUGAACUUCGGAACAUUAGUGAUGGAAAUCCAACCAUACAGAAACAUAUCCAAGAGAGGCACUGAAAGAAAGAUGGAAAAGUUUUAUGAUAUUAUUUAUAUUAUUACCUAAACCCAUUAUAAAGCAGA